UACGGCUCCAGCUACUACCCGGACUACUACUCGUCCUACGGCGGCGGCGGUGACUUUGGCUACGGCUAUGGUUACAACUACCCCGGCAACUUCGGCUAUGCUAGCUACGGCUAUGGCUACCCUGGUUACCCUGGUUACCCUGGCUACCCUGGCUACGGCUACGGCUAUGAGUCCGCGACGACGGACGGUGCUGAGGCUGGCCAGAAGGAGUCCGCCACGGCGCCUGCUACCGCUACGGACGUUGCGUCCAACAAGUCGGCGGAGAAGGAGGACAAGACGCCGCCCAAGGAGAAGGAGACCACCAAGUCCGGCGCCACGGACAAGGCCAAGGGCAAGUAA